AUGGCAGAGUCCAGCGACAUGAUUGAAGUCACUGUGAAGACGCUGGACUCCCAGAGCAGGAGCUACAAAGUCAGAGGCGAGCUAACAGUGAGGCAAUUCAAGGAGCACAUCGCAUCGUCAGUGGAGAUCCCAGUGGACAAACAGAGGCUCAUCUACCAGGGCAGAGUGCUGCAAGAUGACAGAACACUGAAUGAAUACAAUGUAGAUGGGAAAGUAAUCCAUCUGGUGGAGCGAGCCCCACCUCAGGCCAACAUGUCCGGAUCUGGGGGCCCGGGUGUUUCCACUGGUGGGGCAGAGGACGCAAGCAGCAGCAGCCAUGCCUCCUCCCAGGGUGCACCACAUGACCGCAAUGGCAACAGCUAUGUGAUGCUGGGGACCUUCAAUCUGCCUGUCAAUAUUAUGGACCCACAGCAGAUCCAGAUGUCAGUUCAGCAGAUGAUGGCUGGAGUUGGUGAAGCUGGAAGGAAUGCCAGAGUCAGCACCAGCUCUGGGGGCAAUGGCUCGCUGGACAUGCAGAUCAACUUGGACCAGUCAGUGCACAGUGAGCCCCGGAUGAGACUUCAGCUGGCUGGGAACCUGCUUAGAGACGCUCAGUCUCUGAUCCACAGAUUGGAGGGAGUGUCCAGUGACAGCAGCUCCCAUUCAGAUCCAGAGGUGCCUCAGUCCUCUCCUUCCCUGUCACUGUCUUCCUCUGCUGCAGCGUCACAGCCCAUGAACGCCAGCUCUCCUCCUGCUCCAUCAUCCUCCACCUCCACCCAGACUGAGGGACCAACCAACACUGGGCCCAAUCACCCAAGUCCAGCAGAAUUUGUGGAGGUUCUCUCUGAGGUCAGGAGGGUGGAGGAGAGGUUACGUCCCUUCAUAGAGAGGACCCACUCAAUCCUUGGAGCAGCGACAUCAGCAGACUACAACAACAAUACCCAGGAAAGAGAGGAGGAUCAGCGCAUUCUCAACCUGGUUGGAGAUGCUCUGCGUCUCCUCGGAAACACCUUGGUUGUCCUUGGUGACCUACGCUGUAACCUGGCAACCUCUCCUCCACGUCACCUGUAUGUGGUUCGCCCCAUGGCCCACUACACCCACCCGGUCCUGCUCCAGGCUGGUCUGCCACACAUGCCCAUUCCAAUAAACUUAGGGACAACAGUAACCAUGGCAUCUAAUGGGAGACAGGCAACUGAAGGACAACGCCAGCCCUCUCAGGGCCACAGCCAAUCAGAUCAACAGGCUGCUGACCAGGUUCCACCUUUACAGUCAAAUGGAACCACUCAUCAACAGGGACAGGGGGGACCUCGAGUGAUCCGGAUCACCCACCAGACCAUGGAGCCAGUAGUCAUGAUGCAAAUGAACAUUGAUGGUGAGUCAGCUGCUGGCUCUCAGGUUCCAGGACAGCCAAAUGCUGCAGGUCCCGGACAGCCUGGACUGACACCUGUCCACUUCCCAGGUCUGCCCCCUGAGUUCAUGCAGGCCAUCGUGCACCAGAUCUCUCACCAAGCCGCUGCUAUGGCUGCUGCAGCCUCUGCUGGCCACCCAGCACAGAUGGUGUCUGGCCCUGCCUCAACACCCAAUGCUGAGGCAACUGCCUUCUCACAGCCCCCCCAUCCUGCUCAGGCCAGGGUGGUCAUCACCAGACCAUCCUUCUCCCCUCGCAUCCCUCAGCCUAUGGGAACCAGGGGAGCCACCAUCAACUUGAGGGCCACUGUACCCACAGGCCCACAGCCAGGACAGGGCACACCUCUGGCUCCCUCCUCCCUCACCCAGAUGAUCAGUGGUCUGGUUGGACAGCUCCUGAUGCCAGGGCAGUCAGGUGAUCCUGCCUCCUCUUCCACCAACUCUCAGUCCUCCUUCUCUACUCCUUCUUUGUCCUCCAUGUCUUCUCCCCAUCCCUCUGCCAACACCUCUGGACAGACAUCCACCCACACCACCAGUACAACCUCCAUGGGCCAACCAGCAGAGGGCAGUCCUGAGGGAAAUCUGGCCCAGCUUCUCAGCUCUCUGCUGGGAGGUGCAGCAGGGCCAGGGGGUCCCGGCUCUGGACCAGCUCCCUCCAUCACUGUGACAUUGCCGGGGAUGCCCGGCUUUUUCCAGGGCAUGUCAGACUUCACACCACCACCAGGUGCUCCAGCCCCUCCCAUAUCUACCAGUCCUGCCCCACCCCAGGCGAGCAGCGGUGCAGGUGCAGACUCUCUGAGCCCAGAGUUGUUCACUGGUAUUGUGCAGGGAGUUCUGUCCACCAUGAUGAGCUCUUUAGGGGCACAACAUGGUAGUGGAGAGAGCAUUGCUCAAUUCAUCCAGAGACUAUCCCAGACCAGCAACUUGUUCACUCCUGGCUCUGGUGAUGCUGUGGGCUUCUUUGGUGACCUGCUGUCCCUGGUGUGUCAGAGCUUCUCCAUGGUGGACAUGGUGCUACUGCUUCAUGGGAAUGCCCAGCCUCUGAGCCGAAUCCAACCCCAGCUCACUGACUUCUUCACUGAACACUACCUACAGGGCAGAGAGCCCAGUGAUGCUAACAUAGCUACAGCAGCUGAGGAGCUCAUCAAUGGACUGGAGGAGUACAUAGCUGAGAGCUUUGCCACAGUGACCGUGCGGGAAGGAGUGGAUAUCGUUCAGACCAACCUGUCCUUCCUCAGACAGCAGUUCACACACAUGGCCUCUCAUAUCCUGCGCUGCAAUGAUCACACAUUCGGCCCUCGUCUGCUGUUGCUGUGCACUCAGGGCUUGUUUGAGUGUCUGGCUCUAAACCUGUACUGCCUCGGAGGAGAACAGAGAGCUCUUACUGCAGUCAUCAACCACCGCAUUAGGAGGAUGUCUGCAGAAGUCAAUCCCAGUCUAGUCAACUGGCUGACCAGUAUGAUGUCUCUGAGGCUGCAUGUCAUUCUUGAACACAACCCAGUUACUGAGGACCAAAUCCAGCACUACGUUUUCUAUACACAGGGGGAUUUGAACCAGAGGACAGAGGCUGAUAUGCCACAGCCAUCAGAGAGUCCCAGUGUGGAGAUGGAGGAGAGUUUGUCUCCGGCUGCAGCCACCACAGCAGAGGAGGCCAUGGCUUCGUCAGUUGACAGUGGAGAGAGAGGAACAUCUCCUGGAGAUAACACUGCCUCAUCAGGGGAGACUCAGUGUCCUGCUGUGCCCAACAGGGCGAGAGGAAGCAGCCCCUGAGGUGGAGCCGUGGACAGCAGCUGUUCCGCCUGAAUGGGUUCCCAUCAUCAGACAUGACAUGUUGUCUCAGAGGAAGAUCAAAGCCCAGCCGCCACUGUCUGAUGCCUACCUGCACGGGAUGCCUGCCAAGAGGAGGAAG